AUGAUAAAGCAUAAAAACAUGUUUCCAAGCAAUGAAAGGAAAGAGGCGCUUAAUCUCCAAAGAGAAGAGGAGGAGGAGGAGGAGGAGGAGGAGGAAGAGGAGGAGGAGGAGGAGGAGGAGGAGGAGGAAGAUCCAUAUGCUCUGGUUGGAAUCAAUGAUGACGUUUAUGAUAUGAUUCUCUCAUCUAACAAGGAAGCAAAUGAAACCCGAAAGACCCGUGGUGCUUCAAUAAUUAACCGCCCACCUGCACCCACUCCUAGGCCUGCUGCCACUGCUAAAGAGGACAGUACUCCAUUCAUAGCACAAGUUUUUCAGCAAAAGGCUGACAGUGGGCCACUGUAUUCUCUCCCGGAAAGACAAGUCAAAGGCAGAGACAGCGUGACUUCGAUGUACGACACCUUUGUGCCUCGCCAGCCCCCUGGACUGGAGGAGCUGAUCCAGCUGCAGGAAAAAGUCAAGAGUGGGUCAAUCUCCAUGGAUGAAGCUUUGGACAAAUUCAGCAAAUGGCAGAAAGAUCAACGGGGAAUGGACAUAAUACAGCAGGAAAAUCUACGGCAGCUAAGAGAGAGCAUUAUCAACAACAGAGCAGAAGACGACAGUGUCUAUGACAAAAUCACUAUAAUUCACCACACACCAGAUAUGAAUGAAGGUAGAAGGGGAAGCAAAAAUGUGGAUGAAGGUUUUUACAGCAAGCCUCUCAAAGGACAACAGCCUCCUGUCCCAUGGAAGCCUGCUAAAUGAAAAAGGAUAAGAUGUAUAUUGAAAGCAUAAUACAUAUGGGCCAGAUAUUCAAAGAUUUAUGCAAAUUUAGGCAACUUUUGUUCAACUCUGCUUGCAUUGCGAAUAACUUGUAUAUAUUCGUAAGUCUGAGAAAUUCUAGUCUGUGGAAAAUAAUAAAUUAAAAUGAAUGUAAACAGGAAAUGAAUCGCAACGCAGACUACACCGAACUGAUGCAGGUGUAUUUGCGGAUCAGGUGAGACAAUGGCUCAAAAUGUUCAAAAGCAUGAAAGGGUAACUUUACUAAAGAUUAGAUUAUAAUACUGGUAAUAUCUGAGAAAAUGGGGAAAAAAACAUAACAUAAACAUAAAAAAAAAUAUGAUUUUGCACUAAACAAUGCAAAACGUAUUAACUACAGUUACUCUGUCACAGUAGUCUGCAUAUUACAAAUAAUUAUCAUUAUACUGUAUGUUUUCAGAUAUUUUUACUACAUUAAAAUGCUUCCAGACCAAGACAAACCUGUCUGGAUGGGGCACUAAAUCAAUGAGAAAAGUCUGCUUAUACUACAUGAAUAAAGAAGUAUGAACUCGUAUAAUGAUAAUGCUUUUUAAUAUAUAAUGGCUGAGGAAUCGCGUGCUAUAGUUUUCGAGAUGUUUCACACUGUUAUAGUGCCCCGUCCAGACAGGUUUGUCUUCGUCCGGCUUUCACACACUCCCCAGAUAAUGUAAAUGCUGUUUUAACUGUUACACGGUAUAUAGAUUAUAUAUAAAAAAAAUUAAUAAUAAUUAACAAAAAACUUCUGAGAUUCAAAAAUCUGUGAAAUCUACGGGUGGAGGACCUUCUCAGAGCCUAUCACUUUAACAGUGAAAGGGUGUGCCAAACAAUUUCCAUAGAGGUAAACCAUCAGUGCCACCAACUGUAUCUGUUUUAACUGUAUCAUUAUCUGAAAUUGAGAUGCUAAACUUACCUGGGACAUCAGUAUCCUCUCUUGGCUCAGUUGAAACUGCAAGCAUCUUAGAGGGAAUGUGUCGAAACACACAGGUAUAUUUUUAUACAUAUUAGAUAAUGAAAAUACAAUAGCUUUUUAUAUAUUUAGUGACAGUAUCUAUUUAUGUUUUUUUUUUCAGUUCUCGCACUUCUCUGAAGCUAAGUUAAACAAAUCUUAAUGAGCUCUUAGCUCCCUUGGUAGUAUUACAUAGUAUUAUAGCUUAGUUUGUGAAUUAGUUAAGGCAAGUCAAACACAUGCAACAUCUUUUUUCCCAACAUUUUGAUUUGCGGAAAAACUUUUUAUUAUUAUUAUUAUUUUGCAUUUUGUAGGUGGACUUGCUUAAUUAUUCACAACUCCUGCAUCAAAGCUGAGGAAAAAAAACUUAAAAAAUUAAAAUUAAAAAGUUAAUUAACCAUGAGAUAUGCAGGUGUGGGUGCCCCCAAAGUGCACAUUUUUAUUGUCACUUAUGGCUUGUUCUUUGCAAAUACUAAAUCCCAGCACUCUACUCAGCUAGAUAAGCCACAGCAUGUGUGGAUGUACUCUAAUCCACGUUAUGAAAGACUUGUAUAUUCCAGUAUCAUUAUAAUAUUUGGUUGUGCCCAUUUUAUGUUAAGAUAACAUAAUAUACUGCAUUUCUUUUGUUUCUAUUCAGGAUUUUUCAUCUGUGCAAAGGUAAAACUAUGAGACUGUGCUUAUACACUGUGCAAAAUAAUUUACUGUUAUGAGAAUUGCAGAUUUGAGUUGUUUUUUUGUUUUGUUUUUUGUACAUGUGCCGGUUUUGCAACGUGUUUGUAUGAGUAUGCAAGUAAUUGAAAAUAUUGUUUAACUGAUGCUUUUUAUAUAUUAUUUAUGUAACUUUUCCAAUCACAUGUUUGUAAUAAUGUCUUGUUUAAUUGUCUUAAGUUUUUUUUUUUCAAUUAUAGAAAAAGUACAGUAGAUAUGAGCAUUCCCCUUUGUUGCAAUGGUUCAGUAUAUGGUAGGACCAGUUGCAAUGGCAUGAGCCAGAAUGACAACCUUUUCAUAUAUUGUGACAUAUCAAUGGUAUCACAAUAGUAGUCAAUACACUCUGAUCCAUUGUUGUACCAUGGUACCAUAUUGAUACCAGUGUGAUCAGGACUAUUAUGCAUUAUCUGACCCUAUUACUAAAAAUGUAAAUUGUAUUGUGUUUUCAGUGUCUACUAUGGCAGAAUCGCGUUUUUAUACAUACUAGAAAUUAGUGUCAGUUAUACAAGUUUCUGAAUAUCCCUUCAUUGUUAUGAAGUAACUGUAAUAAACUAAAGUUUGAACUGUUAAGCAUAUAUUUUUAAUUUGGUACUAUUUGGCAGC